CUGUAGAGAUCCCGGGCUGUUCCACGCCGCCGCCACUGGGACUGUCGGCUCAACUCCAUCCCCAUCGCCUUUCAGUUUUCUCCAGCGAACUCAUCCCACCCCCCUCUUAUGUUGUAUCAUUGUCAUUAUAUAACCCAUGUAGACUUAUCCCUCCCCUCGUCUCCUUAACCCCCCUCUCACACACACACACACCACACACACACAUCACCGGGAGCAAACAGCACAAGAUGAUUCUCAAAGGUUUCGUAGCCUGGAUGGUUUUCUGCCACCAAGUGACCUGUCGACCGUUGUCCUCCGAGAUGCUAACGGAAGAUGAUCAGGUGACCAGAUGUAUUGUCGAGGUGAUCUCGGACACUCUGUCCAGCCCCAGGCCGCUGCCUGUCACCACUGGAUGCAGCAAGGUCCUCAAAGAAGAUGAGAGAGUUCUGGCCAUGGUGCAUCACCAGAACCUGCUGAGGGAGCUGGAGGAACUAACACAGCCUGGUGAGGGUUCAGUUAAGCAAAUGCUUCUGAAAAGCAACAAGAAGUGGAACUACCCGAUGGCAGAAAGCAUGGAGUGGAAUGAGGAGGACAAGUUGGAGAAGAGGCUUUCCUCACUGAAGAAGGAGGGGGGCGAUGAGUGGAGGGAGCCCAGCGCCGGCCAAGGGGGAUCCCACAUGAAGAUGACCACCCCUUCGAAGGAAGAGGGAGAGGUGAAGAGGAACGAUCAAGGGCAAGAGGUGAAGAAUGAGGAGCAACGCAAGGACAAAGACCUCAUCACUGGGGAAGAUGAGACCAAGUUCGGAACACGAGCGAGCAAGGAAGAGUUCAGUGAUGAAGACAAAGGCGGUUUCGGGAAGGGACGUGACGAGUUAUCUGAGGAAGACUAUCAAAGCGCCAUUGAGCUUGGGCAGGAGGGGCGAGAGGACCUCAGGGUGGAUGAGCUGAUUGAGAAGGUCGCCAAGCAGGAGUUGGAGAGCAGAGAGGAGGAGGAGGAGAGGAAGGAACGGGAAGGUGGCGUUCCCAGGAGGGAUAGGAAUGGGAACGGGAUCGGCCAGCCAAACGCCAGCAAGCGAGUGGAGGAGAAUGCCAGCGAUGAGGAAACUGACCAGUUUGAGGCGGAACAGAAAGGACUGAAGAUCCUGGAGGCACAAAGCCACGCGCAGGGCAAGGUGGACAAGCAACAGCCUCGUGAAGAUAAGAGACGCCAUCAUCUGGACACGAAGCAGGGACGUGAAGAUGACGUUGUCUACCAGUGGAAGAGGCACCACGGACUGGGGAACAGCAAGGUGGAGGCGGUGGAUGAGGAGGGAGAGGAGGGAGAAGGAGAGGAAGAAAAGGAGAGAGAGCAAGAUGAAAGAAAACUGAAGCAUGAGGAACACGAGCUGAGUAACCUGGCCGAGAUUGAGCGGGAGCUGAAGGACGUGGCGGACAAACUGCGGGACUUCCAGCGGGGUUGAGAGCCGCUCGUUCCCAUUCCCAAGGGUGGCCAGUGCCUCCCAUCACAAUGGCCGCCAUUACGUUGACGUGUAGACCAGCCCAUCGCCAUCGACAUCCCCUUCCCUGGCUGUGUACUGUUAUGGUCCAAAGCUUCACCGAGCACGGACAGGGUGCAGUGAUGCAUGGUAUAUUAUUCAACUUGUCAGUGUUCCUCUGCUCAAUGGCAAUGUCAUCCCAUCAAUGAAAGAAUGCAAAUGUACAAUUUAACACCCGUCCUUGAGUUAAGGGCCUGUCCCACCAGCGUGCGACUCCAUGCGGCAAGCGCGAGCUAACGUGGUCGCUUGAGCAGUAAGGCCUCGCGCGGCCAGUCCCACUUCGAUCGCCAGAGCCGUAUGGAGUUGUGCGGAGCUGGUCCCGACAUCGCGCGCGCGGGGCUCCGUCCAAAAUGAACACAAUCCAAAAAUUCCGCGUGACAACGGUCUGUCGGCCCACAGCCGCAUUGAGGCCGUACGCAGCGUCUCAACGCCGUACGCCUAGCGCGUGGCAUUGCGCCAUGAUGUCACCGCCCGGCAUGCCAUGGCGCGAUGAUGUCACCGCCCGACGUCCAAAUUCAGUCGGCCCGCCUCCUGCCCAGCUGAUUGGUGAGUAUGAUGUCAGGACCAGUCCCGCACAACUCCAGACGUCUUCGCGGUUGGAAGUGGGACCGGCCCCGCGAGGCCGUACGCCUCAAGCCACCACGUUUGGUCGCGCUAGACGCAUGCAAUCGCAAGCUGGUGGAACACGUGUACUGAGGUACAGUUAACAGCUUUGUUUCACUCGCUAUCCAAUCGAGCCAAGUCACAUUUAUUUAUAUAGCACAUUUAAAAAACAACUCUCGUUGGCCAAAGUGCUUGACAUUGGUGGAGGUACUAACGUUAUACAACAUGGUUCAUAGAUUAAAUACAUACAUAAAUACAUACAUAUAGCCCUCCCUCAGAGGACGUCAGAAAAGGCUUGGGAGUAGAGGUGAGUUUUAAGUCUCGACUUAAAGGAGUAGAUGGAGGGGGCAGUUCUGAUGGGAAGACGGAUGCUGUUCUGGGAUGUCAGAACUGUCUUAUGAAGAAAGACUGGAUAGACUUGGUUUAUACUCUCUAGAAUUUAGAAGAUUGAGGGGGGGAUCUUAUAGAAACUUACAAAAUUCUUAAGGGGGUUGGACAGGCUAGAUGCAGGAAGAUUGCUCCCGAUGUUGGGGAAGUCCAGGACAAGGGGUCACAGCUUAAGGAUAAGGGGGAAAUCUUUUAGAACCGAGACGAGAAGAACAUUUUUCACAAAGAGAGUGGUGAAUCUCUGGAACUCUCUGCCGCAGAGGGUAGUCGAGGCCAGUUCAUUGGCUAUAUUUAAGAGGGAGUUAGAUGUGGCCCUUGUGGCUAAGGGGAUCAGAGGGUAUGGAGAGAAGGCAGGUACGGGAUACUGAGUUGGAUGAUCAGCCAUGAUCAUAUUGAAUGGCGGUGCAGGCUCGAAGGGCUGAAUGGCCUACUCCUGCACCUAUUUUCUGUGUUUCUAUGUCUGCAAAAAAACAGAUUUCACUGUAUCUCGGUACUUAAGACAAUAAUAAAACAGUCGUAGCGUUGAUUGAUUGAAUGACAUUGCCACACUUGGACUGUUAUAUUAAUAUGCUCUUUUCUGGAAACCAUACUUGUCUCAUUAUGGUUAAUUAUUAUGUAUUUUUUGAGCAUUUUGCAUUGGUUGCCAUGAUAAUUGAGUAUCGUGCAUUCCCAAAGGUGCCUGAGGCGUUUGAGUCGCAGUCAGUCGCACAGUUUGGGUUCACCGUUUUACUGUAUUUACACACAAUAUUUGUGAGAUAAUAAAGUCUUGCUCUGGAA